GCCCCUCCGGCCCAAGCCGGAAAUGAGGUCAGAGAGGGAAACCCCGGCGGGGAGACUCGGCCCCGAGACGGCGGCGGCGGCGGCGGCGGCGGGGGCGGCGGCUGGAGGCGGCUGGAGGCGGCUGCUGCAGCUGAUGUGGCCUCAUGGAUGAGCUGGUCCAUGACUUGGCCUCAGCCUUGGAGCAGACGUCCGAGCAGAAUAAGCUUGGCGAGCUGUGGGAGGAGAUGGCCCUGAGCCCCAGGCAGCAGAGACGCCAGCUGCGCAAGCGGAGAGGCCGCAAGCGCCGCUCAGACCUCACCCACCUGGCCGAGCACACCUGCUGGUACAGCGAGGCCUCGGAGUCCAGUCUGGAUGAAGCCAUCAGGGACUGCCGGGAAGUGGCCCCCCUCACCAACUUCAGCGACUCCGAUGACACAAUGGUGGCCAAAAGGCACCCCGCCCUCAACGCCAUUGUCAGGAGUAAGCAGCACUCUUGGCAUGAGUCUGACUCCUUCACGGAGAAUGCCCCGUGUCGGCCGCUGCGCCGGCGCCGGAAGGUGAAGCGAGUGACCUCCGAGGUGGCCGCCAGCCUCCAGCAGAAGCUCAAGGUGUCCGACUGGAGCUACGAGAGAGGAUGCAGGUUCAAGUCGGCUAAGAAGCAGCGCCUGUCCCGCUGGAAGGAGAACACGCCCUGGGCCUCGGCCGGCCACGGCGUGUGCGAGUCGGCAGAGAACAGGACUUUCCUAAGCAAGACGGGAAGGAAGGAGCGGAUGGAGUGUGAAGCCGACGAACAGAAGCAGGGCUCCGAUGAGAACAUGUCGGAAUGUGAGACCAGCAGCGUGUGCAGCAGCAGUGACACGGGGCUCUUCACCAAUGACGAAGGUCGCCAAGGGGAUGAUGAGCAGAGUGACUGGUUCUACGAAGGAGAGUGUGUCCCGGGAUUCACCGUCCCGAACCUUCUGCCCAAGUGGACUCCCGACCACUGCUCUGAAGUGGAGAGAAUGGAUUCUGGGUUGGACAAGCUCUCCGAUUCCACAUUCCUUUUACCCUCUCGACCCGCUCAAAGAGGGUACCACGCGCGCCUGAAUCGCCUGCCUGGAGCCGCAGCUCGGUGCCUCCGAAAGGGACGAAGAAGGCUUGUUGGGAAGGAGACCAGCGUGAGCACUCUGGGCACCGAGAGGCUCGGCCACAUCAUUAGCGACCCACGGCAGAAAGAAAAGAAUAAAGCAUUGACUUCUGAUUUUCCUCACGUUUCCGCUUGUACACAGGAGCUGAAUCCGCUCUCUCCCCUCUACUCCCUGGACAUGCUCGCCGAUGCUUCCCACCGCCGGUGCUCCCCAGCGCACUGCUCCGCCAGACAAGCGAACCUACACUUGGGGCCUCCGUGCUCACGAGACAUCAAGAGGAAGCGGAAGCCUGUGGCCACAGCCUCUCUGUCCAGCCCCAGUGCAGGCCGUGCGGAUGCCGCCGUGGAAGCAGCCGCCCCAGCACCGGAGGCCCAGAAGUCUCCCGGCUCCGAGUGGCUGGACAGGACCUCGGCCGCGGAGAAGGGCAGCCCCGGCCCUGCAGCCACGUUCUUCAAGACGCCCCAGGAGAAGAGCCCGGGCUGCAGCUAGAGCACCGGGCGCGGGCCCAGCGUCUCCAGACAGAUCUCCCCCGCCCGGACCCCUCCCCGCCGAGCAGCAGGCGCUCUGAUUCUCGAAAACCCUCUCGUAGAGAUCAGGCCUUUUCCAGAUGAACACAGAAUCCCGGGGCGGGGCGGGGCGGCGGUGUUCUUCCUCGGCCGCCCUCUGCUGUCCUGGUGGCCUGGUGUCUGUCUCUGUGCCGAAGAAGCCCGACGGCUGCUGGCGAGCCUUUCCCUCGGGGCUUGUUUUCGUCACCCGAGGAAGCCCCGGCGGGAGCCACUGUUCCAGACCCACUUAGAACCCGAGUCAGGCCGUGUGGACUCGUGCGUGUGGGAGGCUUGCCUGGGCGCCGGGGCUUCCUGCCCGCCAGUGCCAACACAGACACAGCCCCCGAGUUCUCCGCGGGGGAAGAGACACCAGCAGCACGGCCCCGGGCCUCCCCCCGCCCGCUGGCAUCUGCGUCGGGCCUGGCUGCCUCUCCGAAGCCGCCUCCUCCUGGAAGAACCCCGUGCUGCCCCGCACACGGGCCCGUCACGGCCCCGAGGCUUGCGUGUGCGCCACACGGGAAGGGGUGGGCCCUGUCUUCCCGCUCUGUGCCCCAGUGUAAACCUUCCCGUCCUCAGGGGCACUUCUGUGGUUCGUAUUACUGGUCAGUCACCUGCCGCAGAAAUUCACGCUCUGGUAUAAUCAUGGCCCCUUGGAGCCCUGCUUUGGGACGGAAAAAAAAAGUUUUUUCUGACAUGCCUUCAUACGUGGGGUGUUGAUGGCGGCUUCACUGCGGGGCGCGUUAAUAUCCACAGCCAGGCCGGAAGCCGGAUGCUCCUUUAUCAGAGUGCGGAAUAAGCAACUGCCCCGUGGAGACGGCCCAGUAGUGUCCGGGGGCCGGCACUCGGGCCUGGCGGACUCCUUGUGUGCGUGUCCACGGCUUUUCACUGGAACACGCAGGAGCUCUUCUGUAAGCGCGCACUGCUCUGGUGCCCUGCCUAGGCCGCGUUUGCCCAGGUGGGCCAGUGCCGCCGCCCCCCACCCCCAUUGGGGUGCUAGAACAAUCCAGGGGGCCUGGAAGUACCUUGGCAUAAUGGGGGGGCGCCUUUUGUUUGUCCGCUUUAAGGAGCUCCAGGGCGGGCACCAGGCCGAGUAAGCUUGGGGAGCUCGGCCGGAGGAGCACCCGCCUCUGUGCCCGGGCGGUCUGGGUGCUGGGCGGGACACUGGGCUCACCCCCAGACUACCACCGGUCCUGUUGCUUACACAGCGCGUCCUGGAGGGCUGCUCUCCCUUGUCGUCUCCUUCGCCAGGGAGCGUCCUGUCCUGCGGGGCUCCAGGGCUUGGCGCUCAGUCCACACGCUUUGACGGAGCAGAGGGUGCCGGUUGCCCCUCGCAAGGAAUACGGUAGCAGAGGGGCCGAUUCCGGGCUGGGGGCUGCCGAGGCCCACCCAGCAACCCUGCCCCCCCCCCCCCCCACCGCCCCGUUCUCCCGUGGCCAUGGUCCUGCCCGAGUGCCAUUCCGGUGUUGAGGGGAACACCUCUUCUCCCGACAGUCCCCCACCCCCUCCCCAGGUUCCCGCCGUGUCCCGGGUGUGUGUUCCCAAUGCGGUUUGUUGGGCCUCUGGGAGAAGCAGCACACAGACGUGCUGCUGUUCCCGUGGUAUCCGCUCCGUGGCUCAGUUGACAGCCUUUUGCAGCCGUCGUGGUUCAGGGAGCGUCUCUUCCCCGUGACGUGUCGCCUCAUAGUCCUCUCUGCCUGUGACCACCACACGUGUGUAUAUACAGCCCUAUUGACGUGUUACUGUCUCUGUAAAGAGUGGUGACUGCUGCCGCCCCAGAGUAGCCACCAUGCUCUGUGACUCGCUCCUGGGCUCCUAGCCAAGGCUAACAGCACCCGGACUUUCCAACUUGCUCUGCCCUGGGUCCUGACCUUGUUCUCCUUGCUACACGGAGUGAGUCUGAAGCCCGUGUAUCUGUCACCGUGUGCCAUGAAUGUCUCAUCAUCUCCCGGGGAGCUACGUACUUCCGAAUACUUCCACAGCGAUCGCCCCCAAUACGCCACAUCUAACUGUAAUAAGUGGGGAAGGAAAUUAAUUGCCUAAGAGAAGAGCCAUUAAGCACACAAAUACUUUCCAAUCCAGGGUUGUAAAUCGUACACCUCAUUUUAAGCUGCUGUUUGAACAUGUGUACAGAUUUAUUAACCAAUUUAUCCUGCUUGUUUUCUGUAUGGAUCAAUUCCAGAGGAAUAGCUUUAGAAUCAAGUGUAUUUUGAAUCUUAAACUUUUAAUUUCCUUUCUUCACAUGUCAAAACGUAUCAUGUUCAUAAUAUUAAGAGUCUGUUAACCUUUCAACAAAAGACAACUGAAAAAUCGGUUUCAUGAUCUGUCAGAAAAACUUUGAUGGCAUGUCUUCUUUAGAAGAUAAUCCAGGAGUGCACAUAUUCUUGAUCUGCUUAAAAAAGUAACGGAAACCAAAUUACUUGGGGUUUCUGAUUUGUCCCAGUUGACUACACAGUCUUGUCUGAAUUGUAAUCCUGUGUGUUGUCCAGAGUGGGCAAAAAUCAAGAUUUAUCUACUUGCAUGAUCAUCACUCGUGAAAGAUAGUUUUGCAUACGAGUUUUAAGGGAAUUUGAGAUUUUUUUUUUCAGGUGCAAUUAUUUUUAAGAAAACAGCUUCCUUUGCCUCCAAAUUCCUGUGUUGCUUUUUGGUAAGAACUACUCAGAAGAGAAAAAUUGGUAGCUAUUUACGUGGUGCCAAAGCUGGGAGGGGCAGAAUGUAAUCUUGGUAUUGUAGAGCGUGCUCGACAACUAGGCUACUCUCAGCCUAAGUACUCUAGAAAUCAAAUGCAGUUUAAAAAUUGUGCGUCAAGUUUUGCUGGGCUGUGAAACAAGCUGUAAGCAAGACCGUCUUGGGGACAGGACCACCAGCUGAUAGAAAGCCUCUCAGUCUGAGACGUGUCUGCUCCCUUUGCCGAGCUAAGUGCCUUGCUCGGGCAGACGGAUCAUAGAAUCGUUCACAAACCUCAAAGAGAUUACAGUGCUCCCAGACCCCAGUCAGGGAUGCUCUGAUGCCACGAAGUAAAAGAGCAGAGUUCACCCAGAAGCCACCCGAGUCGGGCACAUUUGGAUGUUGGGGAACGGCAGCCGGCACUGCCAUCCAUUGCUUGCUUGCAGGGGGGUCCUCCCCUGGGGUUCCCGGAUCCACCUCCCGGAAUGCGUGGGUCAUGUCGGGCUCUGCGUCGUUCUGGCUCUGUUACCGAGCUGUUGUGCCGUUCUCAACAUUCGAAGCCAGGUUCAGUGUUCCGUGAGCCUGCAGAGCCUGCCCUGAGCUGAAGGAGAACCGAGUGAAUUGCUCUGACAGCUGCAAAGACCCGGUCUGCUCGGGGGCUUAGGCAUGCACGGGAUAUGGAGGUGAGGGGGGCUGGAGUUGGUGGACAUCAGCGGCUGCUUUGAGGUACCCCCUUGUCAGUAUUCUCUUGAUCCUUUUGCCCAGUUGGGACAUUGGUGGAGUUGCUGGUGGUGGCAGCGUCAGAGGGAUUCCUUGUGCAUCCUACGAGUCUGGAGGGGACAGGAGGGGAAGCUGGUGGUGGCUCGGACCUGCUCUGACCAGCGCUCAAAUGCAAAGCAGAAGAGGAAUGAGGCUAGUGCCCGAGUGGGGAUUGGGAGGUUUUUAACUGGCCCAGCAAAGCAACCGUAGGGCCCAACGACGAAAUUCUCCUGCCACUGCGAAUAAACAUAAUAAGGACUUAGUUAAGGAAGUAAAAUGUCCACAUACAGUAUUGGAGAAGGCGGCGUUGGCGAGGCCUGGAUGUGGGAGGCAAGGGAAGGGGAGGGCCGCUAGGUGCCCAGCACCCGUCAUCACCGCCUUCCCGGCCUCCCUCCAGCCCUGCAUCAGCAGAAAUGCAGAGUGCAGGCCCUUCCGGGGGCCCGGUGCUUGCCCAAAGUUGAGAACCAGAGGCUUGGUCACGGGGAAAUGUUUUAACUUCCUGGUCUUCCCCUGAACUCUGAGGUGCUUUUUUAUUUCCUGAGUAAGUAUAGAGAUGUUUUAUAUAUAUGCUUCUUUGCAGAAAUUGUUAAUGUCUUUUAUUUCCCAUACGUAUUCCUCAAGUACCUGUAAGAUCCCUUGGAAAUAUUGAGAGGAUGGUAUGGGGGUGGGGGCGGCGGGAAAUGCCAUGGAGACCAGUUUUAGAUGGACGGAA